AUGAGGGAAUCAGCAUAUUCAGCUUUUCUACAAAAUAAAAGAUGUCAAAGUCGAAUAAUUGAUGAAAGUGUUACCGAGAGAUCAAAAACUGUCCGUUCUGCUCGAGAUAAUGAAUCAAAAUCUCAGCUUGAUUCAAAAUUAGAAGAAAUUCUCAAUAAGAAUGCAGAGCUUGAGCGUGAAUUCCAGAAUAGCCGUGUUAUUCCACGUAAUUCCAAAAAGCCACAAGAAAUUAUUGAAUAUCAUGAUUUUUUAACGAAAUUUUCUGAUACAUCAAAGUACACUGAGUACAGGUUCCGUGAACUUUUGAAUAGAACAGAAUCAACUCAUGAAACAUUAGAAAAUCAAAAUGAAAAUUUGUUGGACGUCCAGCGAGCAGCCUAUCGCUCAGAGAUGGGAUUAGACGAAAAAUUUAAUAUGGGUAAGAAGAAUUAA